AUGCGGGAGUGCCUCUUGAGUCGACUCAAAAGUCAUCUCAUUCCUUGCCUCCUCUCCCCUUGUCCCUUGUCCCCAACCCCACUAUCAGACGCGGGAGUACCCCUUCUACUCAUCAACCCUCCCCCGGAGCUCACUCCCAAAGACGCGGGAGUGCCCCUUCUAGUCAUCAACCCUCCCCCGGAGCUCACUCCCCAAGACACCACGGCGGUUCGGCGGGCGGCGCGGGUAGGCUGGGGCCGAACCGAGGCUGCCCCGGCGGCUCGGUACGGCGAUGUGAUGGCAGCUUACGAAGGGGCGAUGAGGGGUGUUUACCAGCAAUUACCCGGAAUCGUGGCCCUCACUUGUCUCUUCCAUCGCUCCAUCAGCACUGGUGGGCGGGUCAUGUACAUUGGGGUUGACUCGCUUGGCCUCGUCGGCCUUAUCGACGCCUCCGAACAGGUGCCCACCUUUGGAGCGCGCCCAGGCUCCUUCCAAGGCUUCCUCACCUCCACGUGGCACCGCCUGAUUCGUCCGUUGAAUCAGCACACAGUCGAUCCCUUGGAGCCUCUGAGGGCCAUCAGCACAGACCACUUUCUCGACCAAGUCCUUCCCACCACACGUGCCAACGACACUGUACUUCUGCUAGAAUCACACGUGCUACAGCCACAGCUGUUCCCUCUACCGCUCCUCACCGCCCUCCACUCACGAGCUAAGCAGGGGCUGCUGUCCCUCGCUUUGCUAAGUGUCGGUGUGGCUCCUCACGACCGGCUUUUAAUGGUUUAUGAUGAUGAGGAUGGGAUGGAGGAGGGGGAGGAGCGGGAGGACGAGAGUGAAGGGGAAGAGAGUGAGGUGGGAGAGAGUGAGGAGGAGGAGCGGGGGGAGGAAAACGAGGAGGAUGAGGAGGGAGAGGAGGAAGGGGAGGUUGAGCAAGAGGAGGGUGGAGCAGAAGGGCAAGGGGAGGAAGGGAAGGAGGGAAGGAAGGGGGGAGCGGAGGAGGAAGGGGAGGAGGGAGGGGAGGAGGACGAAGAGGAGGAAGGUGGAAGCAGUGAUUCGGGGGUGCUGGUGGGGAGGGAGUCAAGAGAGGAUGAGAGAGAGGGUACAUCUGGGGGGGAGGAUGGGGAGGAGGGCGAGGAGGGGAGUGAGGAGGGGACCCUCAGUCCCACCUUCCUCCACGUCACCAUUUCUCUCCCUGCUCCCUCUGCCGCUCCUCUCCUCCCCCGCACCGACCUCUUUGCACAACUGGCAGUGAAAUUAGCACUUAAUGUUGCUAGUAGCGGAGCGCAUGUGCUUCUAGGCAAGGUGUACAGUAAUCGCAUGGUGGACCUUAGAGUGAGUAACGAGAAGCUCUUUAAGAGAGCGGUGAGGGUGGUGGGGGAGCUGGCCGGGGUAGGGGAGGAGGAGGCGGAGAGAUGUGUGAGGAGGGCGAUAGUUAUUGCUGAAAGGGAAGAAGGGAUGGAGGGGAGGGAGAGGAUGGAGGGGAGGGAGAGGAGGGAGGGGAGGGUGAAGGGAGAGGUAGGGGAUGAUGAGGGGGAUAGCAUGGGAAGAACAGUUGAGGAGAUGGUGAGGGUUGGGGCGAAGAUGGAGAGAAUAGUGCCCACUGCGAUUCUGCUGGCAGCUGGGUGCUUUGGUGAUGAAGAGAGCGCUAGAGACGCAGCACUGAGUAAUAGGAGCCGGAGUCGGAUGAAUUCAAUCUGGCGAGUGGCUUACACCAGCCUAUGCCACCCAAUCGUCUUACAUGCUCUGCUUGGAUCGGUUAUUCGACAGUCGCAGGUGUUCGGAACCUUGAAUGAGGUUUUCCGUCGUCCGACAUCUUCCGUCCUGCGUCAACAACGCUUGACAAGAUUGCAGGCCGGUUGUCCCCUGCGAAGAAUACUUGAAGGUAGCUGCUUGAAGAUGCCUUUCUCCCCUCCCGCCGUUUCCUUCGUCCCGUUUCCAGCCGUCACCAUCGCCGCGUUUCCCGCCGUCGCCAUCGCCGCGUUUCCCGCCGUCGCCAUCGCCGCGUUUCCCGCCGCCUCCGUCUCCGCGCUUCUCAACAUUCGUUCUCACGAACUGCGAGUACAGGCCUCACAGACCCCAGUAGUUUCUCUUGCUCGCCGCCUACUCCCCAGUCAUCAUCCGCGUCCCCGUCUCCUCGAGUCGCAUCAUAUUCUCAAGCUGCGUCCCCGUCUCCUCGAGUCGCAUCAUAUUCUCAAGCUGCGUCCCCUUCUCCUCGAGUCGCAUCCUAUUCUCAAGCUGCGUCCCCUUCUCCUCGAGUCGCAUCAUAUUCUCAAGCUGCGUCCCCUUCCCCUCGACUCGCGACAUAUUCCCAAGCUGCAGUUCCGGGCUUCAUGCCUCCUCUGA